AUGGGCAAUAAUCUGACGAAUUGUGCACUUUUUGAGCAUUGUCAGCAUGGCAGCUGGAGUCCGAUGCAACAAAAUAAAGAAUCGAAGAUGUCGGUGCGUAUGAUGAACGUAAAUGUCAACGCUGGUGUCAUAUCGAAUUUGACAAUCGACAAACCAGAUGCCGCCGAAACUGAAGCCAUACUCACCGUACAAAGUGUCGAUCUCUGCCUGGCAGAAAACAAUGACGAACAUAAGACAGAUCAUUUUUAUGCCGCCACAGAAGCGCUAAUUGUGCGACGCGGUGAUCCAUUUCGCCUACGCAUACAUUUUAAUCGUUCAUAUAAUCCCACAAAAGAUGCAAUCAGCUUUAUAUUUACCGUUGCCGAUGAUCAGAAGCCCAGCCCGGGCCAUGGCACACUGGUUGGUCUGGUGCCACGUGAUGGUAUUGACUAUCUUGGUGAUCCACUUGAGUGGUCGGCUGGUAUUGAGACACACGAAGACAAAGCGCUAACGAUACUUAUUAAGCCGGCCGUUACUUGCCCCGUGACCGAAUGGAAAUUGGAUAUUGAUACGAAAUUGCUUAGCGAUGGCUCAAAGACCUUUUCCAUACCCGUGCCAAUUUAUAUACUCUUCAAUCCAUGGUGUCCGGAUGACCAAGUCUACCUGCCCGACUAUGAUCAACGGAAGGAGUAUGUUAUGCAUGACACAACACUUAUUUGGCGUGGCUCGUACAACCGCAUGCGUCCUUCCGUUUGGAAGUUGGGUCAAUUCGAACGUAAUGUAUUGGAAUGUUCUAUAAAAUUGGUCAGGACUGUGGGUCGUAUACCCGCUGCGUAUCGUGGUGAUCCCGUGCGUGUUGCACGUGCGCUCUCAGCCGCUGUUAAUUCGGUGGAUGAUGAUGGUGUCAUACUGGGCAAUUGGAGUGAAGAUUUCUCAGGUGGUACAGCGCCCACUAAAUGGGUUGGGUCAACAGAAAUUCUACAACAGUUCUAUAAGACACAGAAACCAGUGAAAUACGGACAGUGUUGGAAUUUCUCAGGCGUUCUAACAACCAUUGCGCGCACACUCGGCAUACCUUCGCGUAUUGUCACAUGUUACUCAGCGGCGCACGAUACGCAGGGCUCACUAACGGUGGACGUGUUCAUUGACGCGAAUAAUAAGAAACUGGAUGCGGAAACGACCGACUCUAUAUGGAAUUAUCACGUUUGGAAUGAGGUCUGGAUGCAACGACCGGACUUGGGCAUUGGACCGUAUGGCGCAUAUGGCGGUUGGCAAGCGGUGGAUGCGACGCCGCAAGAACCCUCUGAUAGCAUGUAUCGCGUAGGGCCGGCAUCGAUAGUUGCAGUUAAGAAUGGCGAAAUCCUGCGACCAUUCGAUUGUGGCUUCGUUUAUUCGGAAGUGAAUGCAGACAAAGUGUACUGGCGCUAUAAUGGUCCAUAUCAACCGAUUAAGUUAUUGCGUAAAGACACAUUGGCGAUUGGACAUUUAAUCAGCACGAAGGCCGUACUCAAAUGGGAACGUGAAGAUAUAACGCACACAUACAAAUACGAAGAGAAGACUGAUGAAGAACGAAAUAUAAUGUUGAGGGCAUUGAAGCAGUCGGGUCACGCUUUCAGUCGAUACUACUUAAAUGACAGUUUCAACGAGGUGGAGUUCGAUAUGUCGCUGAAGGAUGACAUUAAAAUAGGCGAGAGUUUCACAGUUAUUGUUAAAAUCACAAACAAAUCCAAAGACAACACACACGUGGCGACUGGACAGCUAAAUUGCGAUGCAGUGCUGUACACGGGCACGAAUGCCGAUGAGGUUAAGUCGAUGCCAUUCGAGAUAGAGCUGAAGCCGGAAAUGUCAGAGUUUGUGCGAAUGGAAGUGCAAUUCGAGGAAUAUUUUAAGAAGCUCACAUCACAAGCUUCUUUCAACAUAUCCUGCGCAGCUAAGGUCAAAGGCACCGAAUAUGAGUACUAUGCACAGGACGACUUCCGCGUACGCAAACCGGAUAUCAAAUUUACAUUCCAAGGCAAAAUAGUGUCGCAGCAACCAGUCGAUGUGAUUGUACGUUUGUCAAAUCCCCUACCCAUACCACUGAAGAAGGGUAUGUUCUAUAUUGAAGGACCCGGUAUUGAGAAAGCACUCAGAUUCAAGAUCGUUGAAAUUCCAGUGGGUGGCACAGCUGCAUCCACAUUCAAAUAUAUUCCACCGUAUGCCGGACGCGGUACACUACUUGCCAAAUUUAAUUGUAAGGAGCUGGACGAUGUUGAUGGCUACAUGCAUUACGAGAUUGAGCCAAGACCUGAAGACAUCAUCAAUAACGGCACACAUCGUGCCCAUAAUAUUAUACGACGUAGGACCGACGUAAUAGCGUGAGGAGGGCAGGGCUCUUUCAAAAGCUAAAGUGGAGUCAAUUUUAUCCUUAAAUUCUAUAAGUAAUAACACAUACAUACGUAAUAUAUAAGCGAAUUUUUAUAUAUUUUAGU